AUGGCGGGKCUACCAACCCGGUUGAUAUCCGCAUCAACCGGCUCCCUUCAUACGGCAUUCCGAGGACUAUCCUUGAACACCACGAUAAAGCGCAGCUUCUCAACUUCCCUGUCCGUCCAAAAAGUGAAAACAAUCCCCGAACACAUCCCGCCAUAUCCUUACGAACCGAACCGCGUAUACAAGCAAGCCGACAGUGGUCUCUACGGCGGAGUCUCAAUCAGUUUCGGCAACAAAAUCUCCAAGGGCAGAAAUAAAGGCAAAACACGACGAUCAUGGAAACCCAACGUGCGAUGGAAGAAAAUGCCCAGUGAAGCUUUAGGGGAAGACGUCUUUGUCAAGCUUACGCGAAAGGCGUUGCGGACGAUUCGGAAAGUUGGUGGAUUGGACAAAUAUCUUUUGUGUGAUAAGCCGUCGAGAUUAAAGGAGUUGGGUCUGGCGGGUUGGAAAUUGAGGUAUCGGAUUAUGCAGUCUCCGGCCAUGAAGAAGAAGUUUGCGGAGGAGAGGGAGAAGUUGGGGAUUUCCAAGGCUCCGGAUACAUUUGAACAAUGGCUCAAGGCGAAGCAACUGACUGAGGCUACUUCGGUCGUUGAGGCUGUUGAAGAUGCUCGAGAAGUUACAGAAACUCUAGAGGGGACACCUCUCAACGAGGAGUCGUUACCCGAGGCUGAGGUGUUGAAGGGAGAGAAGAAGGAGCAGGCACCGGUGUUGGCAUGA